AGCAUUUGGCACAAGCGUGGGCCUAUUGAAUCAAAUUCAGGAGAAGACGAGAAGGCAUGACGGAGAAGGAACUCACCAAAGGUGCCAAGAGGAUUCUGGACGAGAGCGAGGAGAACACCUGUGGUUUCGCCGCGUUCUUCAUCUUGGAUCAAGAUGGAUACGGCAAGAAGACCAAGGGCAGCUCUGUCGAGGUGCCUUGGCACCUGAUGAGUUGCGAAGGCGAUGAGGUGCUAUUCCAGGCGGAGCUCCCCGCAAAUCCGCUGUUUUAUUUGCAGGUGUCAUCCGAGGAGAAUAACUUCUUUUGGGGCCAGUGGUGGCUGGGUGAUUCCAAGCGGAGCAAGACCAACGCGAUUUGCGACUUGAUUCCGAAGGAUUGCCGUCUGAUCCAGAAGUCACUGGAAGGGGACACCGUGGACUUCGAAUGUCAGGCUGAGAUGCCGUUCCUGAAAAACUCGUCCACCAGACUGGUGACGGUGAAGUUCACCACCAAGGAGCAGAAGUUCGUCACGAAGGUGGUCAAGGCGCAACUGAAGCUGCCCAAGGCCGUGUGGCUGGAGUGGAAGCAGCACCGCCUGCGCCUGUGGCGCGCCAGCAAGGUGUGGGCUGGAGAGGAUAAGGACGACGACGAAAAGAAAGACGACAAGGACAAGAAGGAUGAGUGAGGUCAUUGCCCGAGGCGGAGGUUCAUCAGAAUGAGGGACACGCGCGGCAAGUUUUGCCUCCAUACGAGAGGCCCAUACCCUUCGAUUUUGCCCAGGGCUGCCUUGUUGGGCCCCUAUGCCCUAUGGCAAUUGGCACCAAAUCAGAGACCAA